CGGAAACACCGCAGUCGACACAGCGGGCAGCAUCCCCUGCUAACAAACACAACGGUCCCAAGAUGGAGUAACGCUGCAGACGGCGCAGUCGGGCAUCCCACUGGAUGUAAUUUCACAUUCAACUAGAAAUUGUAUCUGUCGCAGGUGAAACGUAGGACGAGAAAUACCGCCUCCGUUGUUCCUGUUGUCAAGCCAGCUGCGCUGAACAGCCGAGAAUGGAUCCAGCAGAGCAGUCGGGCCCGGACUCCGGCCCUCAGGAUGUCAACCCGGUGUUCCUGCAGCAGCUCAGGGAGCUGGACAUCCCCGAGGAGGCAGCCAAACAGGCACUUCUACACACAAGGAAUGUGUCUGCAGAGGAGGCGGCCAUGUACUACUUCAACAAGCUGGAGAAUGAGGAGGAAGGGGAUGAUGACCUCAUGUUCAAGAUGGUGUUCGUGGUGAACAUGGACCUUGCUAUGGGUGUUGGAAAGGUUGCCGCCCAGGUGGGUCAUGCUGCCGUGGGUUUGUACCAGGCUCUGCAGGAGAAGAACAGCUGGAGGGAGAUGGCCUGGAAGUGGGACCACAGCGGGUCCAAGAAGGUGGUGGUCCAGGGCACCAAUGUAGCUCAUCUACUGGAGCUGCAGGCCCUGGCCAUGAGCCUCAGCCUGCCCACUUACCUGGUCCAGGAUGCGGGGAUGACCCAGGUGGAGGCCGGGUCCCGCACUGUGCUGGCCAUCAUGGGCGAGGAGGAGAUGGUGAACAACGUCACUGGGAGUCUGAAGCUGCUCUGAGAGGCUCCGCCCCCCUGUGGGGGAAGCCAUUGCUCUGCAGGGCCGCGGGGCCUCCAGCAGAGGGCAGCGUUUCCCAGCCGCAGGGAGGGUCUUGGCAUGCAAGCUUGUAACAACCUUUAACAAAAGAAGACCUGAAGAAAAGGGAAAACAAGACAUGUCCCAACACCAGAACACACACACAGUCCCUCAGCCAUUUGUUUCCCUUUCAUUCUUUGUCUUAGCCGCUUCGUCGGCCGUUGAGUGUAGAGUGGGGGGGGUAGGUAGGUAGAGGAGAGAAGUUGUUACCAGGGAACCGGGCCAUGGUAGUUCCAUUUUUUUCUUUUCUUCUGGUGACCUCAUUUUACUUAUUGGAAAGUCUUAAGAUUAGAUUCUUAAUUCAUCUUCAAACACAUUUAGUCUGUUGUCCAGUUUGAGAUUUUGCAAAGUAAAAUAAGUUCUUGGUGGCUGACUAAUAUUACUGUCAUGCUUAUUUAAGGUGUAGUAUACUGUAGACUAAUGUCAUUCUAAUUAUAGCCAUAGCAGAUGUAGUAAACACCUGUUUAAUUCACUGCUCCUGAGUGAAGAGUAAUUUAUUAACUCAUUAUACGUCAACACUCAUUUUUGACAUUUUAAUGAUCUUUUGUCUGUAUGCAACUACUCUCCCAAAGAUCCCUCUCCUAUAGAAUCAAACACAUUACUCAUUAUUGGUAAAUGGCUAUAUUUUGUAUGCAUUAUGCCUGUUAGGGCCAUAUCAUGUAUAAUCUGUGGUGUGCCAUCCUAAGCAGUUACUGGAUUUACUCAUUGUUUAUCUUUUCUUUGUGUUGAUUUAUGGUAGAAUUUGACAUUGGGCGCUAACUUGUGUAGAGCCAAAAUGUCAUGUAGUAAAGUUGUGUGCGGGGCCCAAGUUUAUACACUCAGACUGCCUGUUGAGGAUAGUUUACACUUCCAAAGUUGGUCAAUUUCCAGCUGGACACACAGCCGUGUAUAGCAUCCGUUAUGGACCUGGUGAGUAGUGGUGAACACUAAUAAUCUUAUCGCACACAGAUGGACGUGUGAGCGUCUAUGUUCUCACUAACAUUUGUGGGCAUGAGCUGCCUCUCCCAAAAGUGUUAUCUUAUUGUCAAAGAUUGUAUUUGUAACAAAUUGUUAAAAGAAAAAGGCAGUGGCAUGCACGCAAUAUGAAAUGUAUAUUUGGACUGACAAGUCGGAAUCCCAAAGUUAUGUUGAUUUUUAGUUACAUGUCCACACUUUGAUACCUCCUGUGUUAUAGUCAUCUGUGUGAAUGCUUCAGACUAUGGAGACCAUUAAAACGCCUCCAGAUUAA